AUGAUAGUCAAUUCAGUGAACUUUUUCGAUGCUUCCAAGAGGUGCUUGAGCAAAGAGAUGUCCAGCCCCUAUUUGUGAAUGUCAUCUUCGAAGAGAUGCCAUCAAGUGGCAAGAGCCAAGAAAGUUUUGGGCUUGGCCCUAUUUUACACUGGGAACAAUGACGAACACAUGGCAAGGUUGUUAAAGUGCUUGGCACAAUUUAAGUCCAUCUACUUGUGGAUUGACAAUGCUAAAAGCCAAACUGGAAGACAAGUAAAGACCACAUUUGGAAGAAAAGCUCCAGUUAGUGAGUUGAUGAUCCUAACCCCAAAACCAAAUGACCCCUGUCUUAAUGUUUGCUUUUCAGGAGAAUCCCUGAAAGAGGUAUCUGAUGAACAACUGGAACAUGCAAUUCGUUGCUUAUGUGAACUUUUACCAUCCACCUCUAGAAAGGAUUGUCAAGUAGCACAAGGGUCAGGGACAAUUGCCCUAGGGAAAGAAGGAGCAGAAGAUUCCCCUACUUUAGAGAAAAUGAAAAGGGAGGUGUAUGACUGGGUUGGGCAGGAGACUUCCCAACAAAAAUCUCCUCCAAUCAGAAAAACUGUGCCUGAUAACUAGGAAACAAGAUGAAGCAACUGAAAUAUUUGGAAAAGAUGAUGAGGUGUCUUUCUAUGGGAAUUUUGAUCCCGAUCAAUCCCUUGAUUCCACCAUUCCUGGAAAGUGGAAAAUUUUCUUCACAGAAGUUUCUAUUAAUACAUUUCGCAAACAAAAGAGGGAUCCCUCAAUGCCACUGUUUCUGAUGACAAGGACAAGGGAGAGCACAGAGAUAAGGUUGAGGAGAACAAGACUUUAAGUGAGGAACUAGAAAAGAAGAAAAAGAAGAAGACACGGAAGAGAAGAAAGAAGAAAAAUAUUGCAUCUCUGCAAGAAGGCAACAAAGAAACUAGUGAAAGAGUAGAAGUUGUAAAUGAGAGCAACAAUUAGCCUUUAGUGACUGUGCAGUGCCUUGUACUUAGCCUUAAGUUUUCGUUUCAUUCCUGUCAUAAAGUUUUCUUUGUAAAUAUGAUGAGAAUAAAUGAUAUCAAGUUUUCCAACAUGUAUUAGUUGUUUGGUGUAUUUGACAACAUUUUCCAGAGGCAAAGAGAUCA